AUUGUACAGUUGUGUGCAGUGCAUUCUUUCACUGUUUAUCAUGAGACAGCUGCUGCAGGAGUUGAGCUCUGCACCGUAAAACAGUUGGUGAGAGUCCACACACACACACACACACACACACACACACACCUCCAGUGACAGGCUAACUGUCAGAAUCACACACCAAUGCUAACACUACCCAAUGGUUAUUAACAGGGCUGAGUGUGCACCAUUUCAGUGUCUGUGUGAGUUUGUUAGGACCGUUUAAUGGCUUGGUGUUGGAUGUUUGCCGCUGCUGCUGUGUUAGCUUGUGCAAACUGGGCAGACGAUGAACUGACCAGGAGGGUAGCAGCUUGGAGACGGCCCUUCAGUGCUGUGUCUAACAUAUACGAUGAUAACGAUAAUGGCAGCGACAAUAAGUUUGCUGAUUUUUCCCAUGUUAACUUUUAAUUUAUGGUUUGAUCAAAUCGACCAGAAUGCUGGAAAUUAAGUGUUUGAUCCUCAAAGUUUUCCCCCAUUUAUAUGUCCCCACCAUGUAAAAACAAGAACACACCCUGCUGUAGCUCUCUACAAAAAUGUAAUACAAUGUACAACAUAAAAUCCUGCUGUUACACUGCGUAGUCUCCCUGUCUCCUCCUCUUGUAUAAUGAUGAGAGGCUGUUGUAUGUGAUGUAUUUACAGGAUAUGGUCUGAGUGAUGGAUUAAUUUUAGGGUUCAGAUAAAAUUUCAUUUUCAUGUAUGUCUAUCUUCUCAACAUCUAAAUUAAAUUUGCACUAAACUUACGACUAAUUUCAGUUGGUCUUUGCUAAGUAAUGCAAACAUACGGUACAUCUGCAUUGCUAAUGUACCAAAAAGGUUUCCUCACCCUCUGACAAACCCUACCCUGUUCCUGGUGAAAUGUGAUGCCUGAAUGAUUUGAUUUGGCCAACUCUCAGGAAGCCACUUCCUCACAGCAGCUUAACAGGCGCCUGGGCUAGAUGCAGUCAUCACCAGCAGCGCAGCAGAUAUAGCCUACAUACCUCUUUCUUUUUUUUUCUUUUUUUUUUAAUCAAGGGUUUGUUUAUUUUAAAUGAAUAUGAUUCUGCACCUGAUGUUGUCUUUGUCUCUGCUUUGGUUCAGAAUGAUCUUAGAUAAUUAACCUGCAGUGCGAUGAUGCAGUGUUAACUAUAUUAAAACACUGGCUGCCGGAGUAAUCUGUUUAAUGCAGGCCCUCGUCUUUGUGAGACAUCCACAAGCAAAGAUAUUUGUCUUGUAAGGCUCCAAGCGGGCUGAUUAAACACUAAAUGGUUUACACUGAGGGAUGAUGUCAUAGCUGGAGGCUCCCAUUUGCUGAUGGCUCCUUGAGGGCUCAAACCUCAGCCCUGCUGGAGAGCGCUGACCUCUUUUCUCUCCACAAAGGGAAUCAGGCUCGCCCUGCCCAGCUUUAAACUACCAAUAGCAGUCAUUGAAAGAAAAGAAAAGAGACAGUCAUUUGGUCUUUACUGUGCCUCCCUCCGUGCCCCCCCUCGCAGCACCCGCCUCUGUCAACUUUAGACCAAGUUGACCCAACUAGCAUUACAUUUAACCAGCACCUUUGUAAUUGCUCUGUGGGCUCUUGCAGGGCAUUAUGCUGGAAGCGCUGCUUGCCAUGGGCGUGUGAAUGUGAAUGUGAAUGGAGAGGGGGUUGGAGCCUUGUGACUCUGUCUCUCUCUUUCCACCCCCCCUAAGCCCUUUUUAGUCAUGGCAUAUGUAAUAUUGCUGGCUUCAUCUGUCUGUGAAAGCGAAGGCAAGUUGUCAUUCAGAAAUGGUUGACUGUCAUGUUGAUGUUUCUUAUGGCGGGAAAUUUUAAUUACCACAUGGGAGAAAUAGUUUUUAUAGACUGGUCCGAUUAGAAAAUUGACUACCUCAGCAACUUCAAAUGGGCUCUUUCACAUUAUUUCCUCUUUUAUUAAAACUGAUUUUGUGCAAAAGAGAUGAAGAUAUUUUAUUACAGUGAUCUUAUAAUGUAAUACAAAACAUACAUUUUGUGUGUCUCUCUUUCUCUCAGUUCAGACUAAGACUGUUAAAAGUGAUGUGGAGAUGUUGCUGAGGUGCAUGUCUUAAAGGGGCUUUAGUGGAUGAGCAGAUUGAUCUCUGGCUUCUUGACGCGUAGUGGCGCAGAAAGGUAGCAGGUGAUUUGGUAUCAAGCCCCAGCGAUACAGAUACGUGGAGUCAGGACAGCGCUGUGCUAAGAGGCAGUUUUGUCUAAUUGCCUCCUUUCAGCUCCACUGCAGCGCAGAGCAGAGCGAGAGAGGGCGAGAGGGAGAGAAAGAGAGAGAGACGGAGACACUCGUUGCUUCCCAGCUGACACUCGCACUGCUGUCAGACGCGUGUUUUUAUUUCUUACAAAAGCUCUCCUUUGCAAUGCUGUGUGCUCAGCCAUGCAUAGGCUACAAAGCUUGCCCAAACUCAGAACUCUGCUUGGCUCCAAACAGGGAGGUAAUCAAAGUUUAUAGUGAAGAUAACACCAGCAGAGCAGUAGAGGUUCCCAGCGACAUCACUGCCCGGGACAUAUGCCAGCUGUUUGUCUUGAAGAACCACUGCAUUGAUGACCACAGCUGGACUCUUUUUGAACACCUCUCUCAUCUGGGGAUAGAGAGAAUCAUUGAAGACCAUGAGUCUGUUAUGGAGGUGCUUUCAGGCUGGGGAAUGGACACAGACUGCCGGCUGUAUUUUAGGAAGAAUUAUGCUAAAUAUGAAUUCUUCAGGAAACCCCUGGACUUUUUCCCGGAUCACAUGGUCUCCAUAUCCAGUGAAACCAAUGGGAUGGUGGAUCACUCUCAGCUUAUACAGACCUUUCUCAACUCCAGCACUUGUCCAGAGAUACAUGGACACCUCCAUGCCAAAGAGCAAAGCAGAAAGUCUUGGAAGAAGUUUUAUUUUGUCCUGCGGAGGUCUGGGCUUUAUUUCUCCAAUAAGGGAACGUCCAAGGAACCGAGGCAUCUCCAGUUCAUUGCCGACUUCAGUGACAGUGAUGUCUACACAGUGUUGUCAGCCAAAAAACUACAUGGAGCACCUACAGAUUAUGGUUUCUGUGUCAAGUCCACAAAGUGUAGUUCAGCCCGGGACUUGAAGCUUCUUUGUGCGGAUGAUGAGCAGACCAGGACCUGCUGGAUCACAGCCAUGCGCUUGUUAAAGUAUGGGAUGCAACUGUACCAAAACUUCAUUCAGCCACACCAGAAACAAAAAGCUUCACCAAUGAGAAGCAUCUCAGAGAACUCACUCGUGGCCAUGGACUUCUCUGGCCAAAAGAGCCGGGUGAUUGAGAACCCAUCUGAGGCUUUGUCUGUGGCUGUAGAGGAAGGCCUGUCAUGGAGGAGGAAGAGCUGCCACCGUCUGAGCGGCCAUGGUAGCCCCUCCACAUCACAAAGCUCGGUGUCAAACAUAGCCCUCCACUUGGCUCAGUCCUGGUUCCACGGCAAACUGUCUCGAGAUGAGGCUCAGCGUCUAAUCACUCAGCAGGGGCUUAUCGAUGGAGUAUUUCUUCUGAGAGACAGCCAAAGCAACCCGAAGACGUUUGUUCUGUCGCUGUGCCACAUGCAGAAAAUCAAACACUUUCAGAUCUUACCUGUGGAUGAUGAAGGGGAGUUAUUCUACAGUCUGGACGACGGCCACACGCGGUUCACUGACUUGAUCCAGUUGGUGGAGUUUUACCAGCUAAACCGAGGGGUGUUGCCCUGCAAGCUCAAACACCACUGUGCCCGGAUCGCCCUGUGAACAAGGGACCCAAGAGACCCCCGAGGGCCCACAUGCACCUUAACUCCAGGGCCUUUCUGGACAAACACUCCCAGUGUGCCUGUGCCUUGAAGAAGAAAGAUAUACAGACUGAACAGCCCAUGCUAACUGAAACCACUGUUGUCAUCCACUAUCGUCCACCAUCGUUCAAACUAUGCUGCACGGUCCCUCCUUGUGUUUUCUUCCUAACAAAAAGCUGAAUUUGACAAUAGACUUACAAUACCUGACCACAUGUGCUGAAGAUGAUGUGCAAUCUUGUCUGCUGAACGUUGUUCUUCAGCCCUGUUAAGUGCCCGUGUGUGGUGGUAAAUCCAUUGUGCAAAGUCCAAACAUGACUUCUUGUGCUGUGUAUUGUGGAGCCGAAUGUGUACUGCAAACAGCUUGUGAUUCUGACAACAUCAUGGCACCAGUGACAGAAAGUAGUUUUUUUUUCUUGUUGACAUACAGUAGCUGGAAUUUGAGUUUCACUGAAAACAUUUCAAUCAGAUGUCUUCUGCAGUAUGUAUGCAAUAGUUAAACAUGUCGUCAAUUUUAUUUGAAACCAUAUCAUGUGGGGAAUUUUAGUACUAAACACCUCUGUCCUGUUGUAUCUGAGUAAAACUAAGCUAUCUUACUUACCACUGUCAUUGUAUUUCUAAGUAUUCAGGUUUUUUUUUUUUU